CCCACCCUUCUGUUCCGAGACGCCACAGGAAACUUACAGGAAGGUCAUGAACUGGCGAGAAACGCUAAUUUUCCCCCCUGAAGUCCCCAUUUCAGAGAGAGCCAAGGACUUGAUCCUUAGGUAUUGCACAGAUGCAGAAAACAGGAUUGGGUCAGGAAGUGUGGAUGAAAUCAAAUCUCACCCUUUCUUUGAGUCCGUGGACUGGGAGCAUAUCAGAGAGAGACCUGCUGCUAUUUCCAUUGACAUCAAGAGCAUCGAUGAUACGUCCAACUUUGAUGACUUUCCAGAGUCAGACAUUCUACAGCCAGUAACAAAUGUAACCGAACCAGACUUCAAGUCCAAGGACUGGGUUUUCCUUAACUACACCUACAAACGCUUUGAGGGAUUGACACAGCGCGGCACCAUCCCCACUUAUAUGAAGGCAGGCAAGGCGUGAAACUGGCACUGAUGGUCUGAAAAAAGGAGGAUUAGAAUGUAAAUGACAAUUCAAAUGCAGAUUUCUGCAGAUGAAAAGCUUAUGCACUGCCGCUUUGUGCUACACAGUAGAACUGUUCUCAGAGGAGUCCCUGGUGACAAUAAAAAGGGGGGAAAAAAGCAUAAUAUUUAUAUGGCCAAACAUAUGGAGAGUCUCUCUUGUCCUGCUGCUCAGCUAAAAGGAGACACAAAUGUUGUCCAAAUGCUCUUCAACACUGGAUCAAACAGGGUCAGAGAUAAAAAA